AGGCGGACACGCACACGAGCCAAUCAGGCGCGCGGUUACAGCCUCCACGCACGUUGAAUGAGCGCGCGGUACAGGAGCAGAGUGCAGCGCGAGACGGACGAACCGCUGCCUGUCAUUAGCUCAGAGAGUGACAGAGCAGCGACAGCGAGAAGAGAGGAGUAGCGGACACGCACCCAACACCCACACAGAGCGAGAGGACAGGGGAAGAGGGAGCAGAAGCACCCCGAGUGAAGUGGGAGACUGACAGCCAACAUGAGCGCUCAGUUUGAGGAAGAUAUUCUAGACCGGGGUGAGAGAAAGAGCAGCAAAUCCCCGACGUUGCUCUCUUCUUACUGCAUAGACAGCAUUCUGGGCCGCCGCAGUCCCUGUAAGGUCAGACUAAUUGGGGCGCAAAGUUUGACCGGUCUGCCCGGCAGAGGAGAGUUUGACAAGACGACUGACGUUUCCUCAGGGCCAACGAAAGAGCCCCUUUCUCUCGGCGCUGACUUGCACCUGCCUCCCAAACUCCGUCGGCUGUAUGGACCCGGAGGGAAAUACCUACACGACCACACAGAGAAGCUGGAAAGAGAGAGACUGCUCCUAGAGCAGGCCAGCGAGAGCCUCAAAAUCAGCCAGGCGCCGCAGGUGAGCAUCAGCCGCAGCAAGUCCUACCGGGAGAACGCCUCACUUCACCGGGGAGAGGGCGAGCAGAGUCCAGGGGAGGCCUCGGAGGACGGCGCACUCGGACUGGUGGAGCUCGGACCCCUCAAGUUCGAGGAGGACGGCGGAAAGGAGGAGGAGGGGAGCUGCGCGGACGCGGCCGCGCUGUCCCCGAAGGACGAGGAGAGGGAGGAGAUCUUGAACGCCGGAGACGGGGACGUGAGGGACGGGGAGGACAGCGUGUGUCUGUCGGCGGGCAGCGACUCCGAGGAGGGGAUGCUGAAAAGGAAGCAGAGAAGAUACAGGACUACAUUCACCAGCUACCAGCUGGAGGAGCUGGAGAGAGCUUUCCAAAAGACGCACUACCCCGACGUGUUCACAAGAGAGGAGCUCGCAAUGCGUCUGGAUCUCACCGAGGCCCGCGUUCAGGUUUGGUUUCAGAACCGCAGGGCCAAGUGGAGGAAGCGUGAGAAGGCAGGGGUGCAGGCCCACCCAUCAGGCCUGCCCUUCCCAGGCCCCCUUGCUGCAGGCCAUCCUCUCAGCCACUACCUAGAAGGAGGGCCAUUCCCUCCUCACCCGCAUCCAGCCUUGGAGUCCGCCUGGACAGCUGCUGCAGCUGCAGCCGCUGCCUUCCCAGGCCUGGCCCCACCACCUCACAACAGCUCUGCUCCACCCCUGGCUACCCCACUGGGACUGGGUACCUUCCUGGGCACUGCUGCCAUGUUCCGCCACCCUGCCUUUAUCGGACCCACUUUUGGCAGAUGGUUGAACUCUGGUCUUCCUUCAGGCUGUUCUCCAGUAUGGGUCCCCUGACAAGUGCUUCCACUGCUGCAGCCCUCCUCCGUCAGCCCGCGCCCCCAGUGGAGAACCCCUCCCAUGCGGGCUCCGUCCUGCCCGACCCUUCCUCUUCUUCCUCGUCCUCAUCCUCCUCGGUGGCGGCGGCAGACCGCAGGGCCUCAAGUAUUGCCGCGCUGCGCCUCAAGGCCAAGGAACACUCGGCUCAGCUCACCCAACUUAACAUCCUGCCGGCGGGAGCCGCGGGGAAGGAGGUGUGCUGAACACUCAGCAGCAGCUCCAGCCCCUCCCGUCCUGGGCUUACGCCCCAUUCCAUGACAGCCCGCACCCCCCCCAAGAAAAAAACAAAACAAAACGAAACAAAAAAAAAACACAAGAAAAGCAAAA